AUGUGUUCAUCAUGUGAGUUCUCGGAUCUCGGCAAAAAUAGGCAAUUUUUCGGCGGCGGACAGCAGGGGCCCGAAAUUAAACGCCAUUUUUGGUUCCGCGGUUUUGCCACUAACAUUGAAAUCCGGCCAAUCUUGAGAUAUCCAUUUUGCACCACCUUUGGAUUUCUGGUACAAAUUGACUUGUGGAUCUUGAAGGCACACGCAAGAGCGCAACAGGUUCGCUCCGAGGCUGCCGAGACGCUUCGCGCUCAGGCGAGCGAGCGUGCCGCCGCGGGCCGCCGGCUCAAGCAGGAGAGGGAGGCUGCGGCCCGGCGCGAGGCUGCCCUCAAGGCGGAGGCAGGCCGCGUGCUCGAGGGGCGGGACGAGGCGGAGGCUGCGCGGCGGACGGCGGAAGAGGCAGCCUCUGCAGCGUGGCCGUGGGGCGGGGGGCGAGGGGGGGUGCGGCUGCUCACGGCUCGGAGCUGCGAACAGGCGCUUGUCGCGGCGGAAGAGGCGCGACUGACUGCCGAGAAGGUGCUGGCAAAGGAAGUGGCAAAGGCGGAGGCGUCGCAUGCGGGAGUGCUGGAGAUAAGCCGCGCCCGCCUUAUGGCUAACGACAAGCUACGAACUGAGGCCAGUCAGGCGCGUAAGAGCGCCAAGGAGCAGCAGGCGGCAGCGGAGGUCGCAGAGCGCGACGCGUCUGCAUCUCGCGCCAAGGUUGCGCAGCUGCAGGGCGAGGAGCUCGAGCACCUCUCAGGAGCAGGACAGCUCGAGGCUCUCCUGGACGAGAACAUCUCAGCGCUGUCUCGCAUCCAGAAAGCAAGGCUAGCAAGGCUGGCGACGGUGCCGGACGACUUCAAAUGCUGCAUCACGCUCGAAAUCAUGACCGACCCGGUGAUGGCGGCGGACGGACAUUCCUACGAGCGUUCGGAGAUCGAGCGCUGGCUCGCGAUCAAGUCGACGAGCCCGCUGACGCGCGAGGCGCUCGAGCACACGCACACCUUCCCAAACCACGCGCUGCGCGGGCGGAUCCAGGACUGGCAGGCUCGGUCUCUUGGGAUCUAG